GCUUCCGGGCCGUGCGGAGGGCGGCGGUGGCCUAGAGGCGGAAACGAGGAACUGGGAGCCGGUGAGGCGCGAUGGAGGAGUCGGAGCGGCGGCGGAGGCACCGGAAGCGCAGCCCGCGGGGAAGCCCCCGGGAGGCCGGCAGGUCGCAGUCGAGGAAGAGGCGCCGGUCCUCGGGCAAGAGGAGCAGGUCGCCGCUGCCCCGGGAAAAGCGGAGCCGGAGCCCGCGACACGCCGGCGUCAGGAUGAAGCAGGAGCCAGAGGAUCAUUCUCAGAGGGGACAUGAGGAGCGGCAGAAUCAAGACCGCUCAGAGCUUGAACGUAGGCGACGAAAAAGAAAUAGAGAGAGACACCGGGACCAUUCAGCCCGAAGGAAGCUCGCCAAAGAGCAGGCUGAGAGCCAUGGAAGGGAACAGGGCGCCCACCAUCUCCUGGAUCAAGAGGCGGAAAGGGAAUUCUAUAACGAGAGGCGGCGCCAACAUCGUCAACAAAUGGAAGGGAGUGGGGAUGAGGAAAAUAGUGAGGGAAGAGGGCCCAGCAACAAGAAUACGGACAAGGAGGCUAGCAAGAAGGAAAAACCAAGCUUUGAACUAUCUGGUGCCCUUUUGGAGGAUUCCAAUACAUUUCGUGGCGUUGUAAUCAAAUAUUCUGAACCCCCAGAAGCACGCAUUCCCAAAAAGCGAUGGCGUUUAUAUCCCUUCAAGAACGAUGAGGUUCUUCCUGUUAUGUAUAUUCACCGGCAGAGUGCUUAUCUGUUGGGAAGGCACCGACGCAUUGCUGACAUUCCUAUUGACCAUCCCUCAUGCUCUAAACAACAUGCUGUUUUUCAGUACCGGUAAGUU